AUGAGAAGAAAUGACCUCUGUCUCACUUCUUCAUCGAGCGAGCUACUGGCUGCGCCAAAGCCACUUCCACUUGAGCCACAGGACUUGGCCCAGGCUCAGGGACUUCCCUCUCAAUUUGGUCUUACAUUCAGCGGCCAUGCAGAACCUACCCAGAAUUCAGGUUCAAUAAAUGAUUCCGAUACUAAAAUUAUCACAUCACGUCUGUUCUCAGAGCCAAACCUUGGCUCACUAUUACGAUUCGGGUUCGACGAGCUGGAAUUCUAUUACCCGGUAAUUGACCGAUUGAACUUCUACGACCGUUUGGCCCUCCUUUUUUCGGAGCACUUGUCUCAUGAGGAUGGUGUUCCUCAGGUACAAGCGCAGCGAAAGCAUGCCAUUCUUAUUGCAUUGGCCUGCGAGAUGCUCUCGAUAGCAACAUACCUUGGAGCAGGAGCGAAUUCAUAUCAGCGGGCACAAGGGGAUGCUUACCACAUCCCCGAAUCUCUAUCAUGGCACUCCGAGAGCCGAAGACUCUUGAAUUUUUACACGUGGGAGGAAAGCUCCGACAUUGAUCUCCUGCGUAUACAUGUUCUGGAAGUGAUUUAUAUGAACAUGUUGCAGAGGAGAGCGGAGGCCUCGAGAGCGCUGGCUCUUGCCGUGGACUUUGCUUUCAGGGUUAAACUUCAUGAUGAAGACGCAUGGGCGUCUUUCACUUUGAGGGAACAUGAGUACCGACGACUGCUGUGGUGGACCCUAUUCCUCCUCGAUCGCCAAGCAGCCAUUUUGCUAGGUCGACCUUACAUUAUUCGCGAUGAAGACUUUGUCGUCCACGUAUUCACAGAGGCUUCCAGGGCACUCUAUCUCACUGAAGACCCUCCUCAAUCAGUGCCCGGCCAAGAAUGUCUUCCGUGGCCCUUACCUUCCACCCUGAAUGAGGACUGGUUUGACCACAUCCAAUUUUGCGUCCGAUGGAGCAAAAUUGCAACUCGUGUGUGGGAUAGCUGUUUCGCUGUACGCGCUUCAAAGUCUCUCACAGGUGAUGAUGUGGAAUUGAUCGACGCUCUUCUGAUGAAACUAGAACGCGACAUGCCAUCUAGUCUGAAAUGGAAUCUCAAAAAUCUGCCAAGCGCGGUUAAUGCACGGAAUGAAGACAUGCCUUUGCGACUACAAAUCACGAUAUUCGAGGUAAGUGUCUUCAUUAGAUCCAAAGCCUUGUGGUAG